AUGGAUUCAUUUCUUCGUUGUUUACAAAAAGUUGAACUUCAUGUACAUAUAGAAGGUACUAUGGAACCUGAUCUUCUAUUUAAAUUAGCAAAACGAAAUAAUAUUACAUUGCCAUUUAAAGAUAUUAAUGAACUUAAAGAAAUUUAUGCAAAUUUCAACGAUUUAAAAUCAUUUCUUGAUGUUUUGGAGAAAGAAUGUAGUGUACUUAUUACCAGUGAAGAUUUUUAUGAUUUAGCUUGGGCAUAUUUCCAACGUGUUGCUGCUGAUAAUGUUCGUCAUUGUGAAGUAUUUGUUGAUAUUCAUGCACAUAUAAAUCGUGGUGUGUCACUUAAAUGUCAAUUUGAUGGUUUGAUACGUGCUUGCCAAAAAGCAACAAAGGAAAUUAAUAUGACAACAGCACUUCUUCUUAGUUUUCUACGUGAUGAAAGUGAACAAUCAGCACUUGACAUUCUUGAUAAAGCUUUAGAAUAUCGUGAAUAUUUUAUUGGUAUUGGUCUUGAAUCAAAUGAAAUCAAUAAUCCACCGUCAAAAUUUAUUCGACUUUAUAAGAAAGCUCAUGAACUCGGUUUACAUUGUGUAGCACAUGCUGGUGAAGAAGGUUCAUCAUCCUAUAUUAAAGAAGCUCUUGAUUUACUUAAAGUUGAACGUAUUGAUCAUGGUAUUCAUUGUAUCGAUGAUCCAAUAUUAUUAAAACAAAUUGCUCAAUCUCAAAUUCCUCUAACAAUGUGCCCGCUUUCAAAUCUUAAACUCAAAGUGGUUAAGAAAAUACAUGAUCUUCCAUUAAAAUUAUUUCUUGAAAACCAUAUUAGAGUAACUAUUAAUUCUGAUGAUCCAGCUUAUUUUGAUGGUUAUAUUCUGGCAAAUUUUUAUGCUAUACAAGAAGCUUUUCAAUUAUCUAUUCAAGAUUGGGUGCAAUUAACACAAAAUGCUAUUUAUGCUGCUUUUAUUUCCAAUGAAAGACGACAAGAAUUAUUGAAAGAAUUAGAAGAUAUAUUAAAAAAUCAUCAAUAA